UUUGUAAUCCCACACUUGCGAGUUAUUGAUCUGGAAAAGUCGAAUCUGUGAAUAUCUUGCCAACUUUACUGAACUUAUAGAUUGCUCCUGCUGACUAUAUCCAGCCUCUUAUGAAGACUUCACAUGACCCAGCACCUGUGAAGAGAUGACGCCAACCCUUGAGAGGACUUCAGAUGAAGGUGACUCUGACUCUGAAUAAACAUACAAAACUGCUAAAUUUUCCUUGCAUUGUAAUCAACAUGAUCAAAUCAUGUAACCAUUGCUUUAAUUUGUUCAUUGUUUCUGAAUACAUGACAUUACUUAACUGCAUGAUUUGUAUAGCCUAAUUUUAGAACAUUUCUGCCAUAUGAACAUUACUUUGACACAGUUACACCUGUUAACAGAACUCUUAUUUGUAAUGUAGAAACAUUCUUUUCUGUAAAGCUGCUUUGAAACAAUGUGUAUAAUAAAAAGUGCUAUACAAAUAAAUGUGAAUUGAACAAAACUUUGGAGCACAAAACUGGAGCACUCCCAUGCAGCACAGCAAACUAUAGUGGAGAGACUGUUCAAGGACUUUUACCAUGGUAACGUCAGCCUAAAAUAUGUUAACAUGGCAGGUAUAAGGAUAGCUGACCACAUUAAUCCUCAAAUAUUCGCGGAUUUUAUCUUUUAAAAGCAACACUGAUACAACUACAUAUACUACGUAUAAAUUAUUUUAUUGUCUACUAAUUACCAAAAAUCGCAGUUCUGUCUCUCUAACUCAAUGCAUUCCAAUUGCCGGCUAUGAACUUCCUGGAACUAUUGAGGUCUACGUGAAUCACGUGACGAUCGAGCGUUUUGAUCCGUUGUCGCAACUCUGUCCCUGCGUUCCAAUGUGCAUACUAUCCACCCUAUCUGCCCUAAAUAGUAUUGAAAAUUACUAUUAUCACAUAGAAUUUAGGAUGGAUAGUAUGCACGGACGCAGACUGUCUCUCUAUGGCUCUGGAGACGGGUAGGUUUAGAUAAAUGUAAGAUGGGAGGAGUUGGAUCUAGAUCCAACCACACCCCCUGGAUCUUGUGUUCCCAUCUCGACGUUUAAGCAGAAAUGGGUAUCUCCAGGGAUCACUGGCACAAACGUCGUAAAACCGGAGGGAAAAGAAAGCCCUACCAUAAGAAAAGAAAGCAUGAACUAGGUCGCCCUCCAGCCAACACAAAGAUCGGCCCGCGUCGCGUUCACACAGUGCGCGUGAGGGAAGGCAAUAAGAAAUACCGCGCGCUGAGAACGGACAGAGGGAACUUCGCCUGGGGCUCUGAGUGUUGCACUCGCAAAACCAGGAUCAUUGACGUUGUGUACAAUGCCUCCAACAAUGAGCUUGUGAGAACCAAGACCCUGGUGAAGAACUGCAUUGUUCUGGUGGACAGCACACCGUUCAGGCAGUGGUAUGAAGCCCACUACGCCAUUCCACUGGGCCGCAAGAAAGGGGCAAAGCUGACUCCAGAAGAGGAGGAGAUCUUGAACAAGAAACGGUCAAAGAAGGUUCAGAAGAAGAUUGAUGGAUGCAGGAAGAAGAGCAAGAUUAGCAGUUUGCUGGAGGAGCAGUUUCUGCAGGGCAAGCUUCUUGCCUGUGUUGCGUCCAGGCCUGGCCAGUGUGGCAGAGCAGAUGGAUACAUCUUGGAAGGGAAAGAACUGGAGUUCUACCUCCGGAAGAUCAGAGCCAAGAAAGGCAAAUAGACUUAAGCAAUAUAACCAUGUCAUGCUUUUCAUGUGACACACAGCAGCCACAAUAGCACUGCAUAACUGAUUGUAUUUUUUUCCUUUUUAUUCAAAAUAUUUCGAAACAUUAGUGCUGUCAAUCGAUUAAAAAAUUUUAUCGCGUUAAUCACAGUCAUGGACUGUGAUUAAUCAUGAUUAAUCACAAAUUUAAAAUACUAGGAUUUACCUGUAAAUGUUUUGGGGGAAAAAAGCAUGACAAACUAGUUUAAGGAAACAGAACCUUUCACACUUCUGCCAGGUAUGAGACAUAAUCCUUGUUAUUCGUUUAUCAUUAUUCUUUUGUUUUUAUUCAGCCAUUAUCGGCCUUUAUACUGGCAAUAAAAUGUUUACCAAGCCACAUCGCUUCAAUCCCAGUAUACAUUUACCCAACUAUUAUCAAAAGUAUUUCUAAAUAAAUACAACAAAACAUUUUCUUGCAACCUUACGUGAAGUAUUAUGACAAAAUGCAUUAUGAAGAAGAUUUGGACCUGUUCUGCAGGUGCAUUAGAGCUAAUAUUAACAUCAUGCUUCAUAAGACAAUUUAUGAGAUUAAUAGUACAACUUUACUCAGAACUCACUUCAAACCACCAUCGAGUGUUUGUAAUAACUUCCUUUUGCGAUGACAUGUGGAAUUUGGUCGUUUACUGUUGUAAAAAUAUGCUAUUUAUAGCCUUUUAUAUCACUGCACAAAUUAGCAUCUCAGAUGUACACAUUAUCUCCAGAAAAUCACAUACAGACCAUAUCUAUCGUAAUCGUGUGUUUAUUAUCUUAUAUAAUCUAUAGUGGGUGUUGUCAUGUUUAUUUCUGCUGCUCUGCUGAAACUCACGUUGUCUGUGAUGUUACAACUGCCUCUCCGUUCUUAAUUUUCCAGGUAUACACAUUAAUAAAAGGAUCUAUUUUAAAAAACCGCAA